GCAGGUCGUGUUUAUAGUGAAAGCGUUCGUCGCCUGAAAUGCACUUCUUGCGAUAGUUUCAAUUCCUUCAGAGAACUGCAAAAAGUUCUUGAAAUGGACAGUGCAGCGAAGGAAAAAAUCGCCUCCGUCGCGUUGACGGUUGCGCAACCAGUACUUUUCAUAAAUUCUGCGAUAGACCGAUUAUAUUCCAGUGAUGAAACGUGGUGGCUUAUACUCAAGGCCUGUGGAUUGACUUACGUUACCGUGAGAAUCUACGACCAACUCCAACCAUUCGAUGAUCCGAAGAACCGGUUGGUCAAGUACGUGGGUAAACUAAUGACUCGUUUACCGGCCGCUCAAAAGAAAAUCCGAAGUGAGAUGAACGCUAUUGGAGAAGCUUUGGAAAAGGAUUUCUACGAGAAAGUGAAAGAGGUUGAAUACUCAGAGCGGAAAAUGCCGAGAGUUGCUUCUUCCGCCGAAGUCGUUCUGCGCAAAAUCGAUGACCACGUGAACCUUGGAAAGAUUUCAUGGAGAACGGGAAGAGCCUCUGGUGCCGUUUACUUCGGCAAUGAAGAACUAUAUUCAAUGCAGUCUCAGGCUUUGCUAAAGACAGCAAUAUUCAAUCCCUUGCACCCUGAAAUUUUUCCUGCUGUGAGGAAAUUCGAAGCGGAAAUCGUGGCUUGGACUUGCAGUCUUUUCAACGCGCCGCCUGAAUCUUGUGGAGUCAUUUCAAGUGGUGGAACAGAGUCCAUUUUCAUAGCCUGUCUGGCUUACAGAAACUGGGCUGUAGAAAAAGGAAUUCAAGUGCCUGAAAUGGUGGUCGCAGAUUCAGCUCAUGCUGCGUUUGAAAAGGCAGCUUUGGUGAUGCGGAUGAGAAUAAGGAAAGUGCCUUGUUGUCCAAUCACCUUCAAGGUGGACGUUGGAGCGAUGACGAGAGCCAUCAACAAAAAUACAUGCAUGUUGGUGGCUUCAGCCCCGAGUUUUCCUCAUGGAGUCAUCGAACCUGUGGAGACAAUUGCUGGGCUCGGAUUGAAGUACGGCAUUCCUGUGCACGUCGACGCAUGUCUUGGAGGUUUCCUAUUGGCCUUCAUGAAUGAUGCUGGCUACCCGAUCCCUCCUUUCGACUUCCGCGUGCCGGGAGUUACUUCCUUAUCUGCAGACACUCACAAGUACGGUUACGCCAUGAAAGGGACCUCGGUGAUCCUCUUCAAAGAGCCCAAAUGGAGAGACUCUUACCUUACCUCUUUUGCCAUCACUGAUUGGCCAGGUGGGCUUUACAUCACUACAACUCUGGCAGGAUCUCGGCCUGGAGGACUCAUAACGGCGUGUUGGGCGGCCAUAAACUACGUCGGCUAUGACGGUUACGUAGAGCGAACAAAGAAGAUAAUCAGCACAACUAGACACAUUCAGAGCAAGUUGGAGGAAAUUGAAGGCCUGCAAACGUUGAAACCCGAAGUCUCCGUCAUCUCCAUGAGGUCGGAUGAAUUUUGUAUCUACACUUUCAUGGAUGCCAUGGCCAAGCGUGGUUGGAACCUGAAUCCUUUGCAAUUUCCGCAAGCGAUCCACCUUUGCGUGACCCUGUUGCAGACUGAGGAGGGUGUUGCGGAUGCCUUUAUAGCAGAUUGCAAAGCAGUAGCUGCAGAAAUGGCUAGGACGCCUGGGGAAGUGUCAGGCAGUGGAAGAAUGUAUGGUGCAUCACAAGCCCUGCCCAUCAGGAGCAUUGUUGGAGACAGUUUGAAGGUGUAUGUGGACAAGUACUACUCGACCCGCCGUUUCGAAAAUUGAUGCCAAAUGCACUGCGUUACCCGUUUCAGCAACAACGAAAAAUAAAGAUAGUGUGGCCUGGAUGUAACUUCACUGGCAGAGGUUUCUUCGAGAGUCGCGGGGAGGGAGGGGGGGGG